GAGAACAAUGUAGAAGGCUGAAAGGGAGACGAACAAGAGGUAACAGACAUUUUAGUGCAAUGCUCACUGGCUUUGGGACGCGGGUGGAAUGUCCUCGUCCCAUCGCGCUGUCGAAUCCUUUCUGUGGUGGAACUGUAUCCAAUGAUGAAAUCCACCAAACCCGUGGGAGUACAAUUUCAAAUAUUGGUGGACAAAACUAAAGUGGAUUAUCACGGAUGCGACCUUCACCGUUAAUUCCACACGGGAUUGCGGGGUUGAUACUGUAUGUAUUUAAACCUCUCCCAUGGAAUAAGGUGUAAAUGUUAAGACAUAAUGGCGACGCCGAAACGUGGAUGUAAUCUAAUGUGGAUGGUUGUCACGAUAAUGGACUGAAUGUAACGUCUCGUCAACGUGAACAAAGCCCUACCCAUGUGUUCAAUGAAAUCCUAAAAUGUAAUGAAUUAAUGGCGAAGCAAGGCAGCCUUUCGCCAUCUUGUGUUAUUUCCAUACCUUGCUAAGGCUUCGUCAGCCAUUUUACCUUUUCUGACUAUCAGACACCGGCUGUUUUGUUUUUUUUUACCUUUUCAAUUAAAUGUUUGAAGUAAUGACAUUCUUCACGAGAUACGUUGUCGAUUUAUAUAAAUCACGUUACAAGGGAAAGAAAAAAAACGGGGCAGGGUUGCCAUUUUGCCGUGAUGCCAGGUGGUGAUUUAAUGACUGUCAUUGGCAGGUGUUUACCUACAUGUUUUCAAAAUGGCUGCCAUGGAAAUUCCUAGUAUGCUGAGCUUUUGUGUUAUGAAAUAUAACAAUUUAAUCACAGACUUGAAUGUCCUUUUUGUAGUUACACUAUACUCAUCUUUUUUCAUGCUGAAAGGAAAUGAAUGACUUAAACUGCAUUUGUCAUCUCAGUAAAUAUUGAGGUAAAUCAAAAACACCUGAGAGCUCACAGCUAAGCCUCAUUGUACCUCACACAUCCUCUAUUAAAACUUCUUACACACAAUGUUUUAAUAAGAAUAUUUGACAGCUGCAGGUAUCUCCAACAAGCAUCUAACCCUCUAGGCGAUUGCUGCAGUGAAACUUAGCAAUUGAUAGCAACAGUACCCGGGAAGGACGGAAUCAGGCUCAAUGAAAGGAAGGGCGAACAUUACAUCUGAUUCUACUCUCGUGCACUUGGUUUUAAUUGGUGCUGAUUUUGGGAAUGUCUCAAUCCUCUUCUACCUGCACACAUAAGAACACGACAAACUGAAGGUCUGGAUCAUGAUUUUACAGAGACCAUUAUAAAUGUGUAUUAGUGUGAAUAUUUGUACUUUUCCCCUGUAUGGUUCUUUUGGAAACUAGUACAUCACUGACUUGCAAGAAGGUGGCAUCCAGAAGAUCGGUUGUGGGGAUGAGGCAAUUGACCUCACUAAGGAAAUACACCAAAUGUGGAACACGUCAACCCAGUGUCCAACAGUCAGCAUCAGGACCAUCAAACCACCAAGACGUACCACUACUGCAUUCAGGACCGCUUUACUAGGUUGCAGACUGUGCUGCUCCUCCGAUUAAUGAGGAACACACCUGAAUGUCACACUAUGUACACCACAGCAGAGUGUAGCAGAUAGUCAGAGAUGUCCAAAACCUCAGUGCUUCAGUUGCAGACAGGAAGUGCUGUUCAGAGAUAUGGCCGCUAUGACAGUAACAGCAAAGGUAAUAAACAGUAUCCUACACCGCAUGGGCAGCAGCAGGCCUGGGCCACACGUCAUGAGACUGAUGCAAAUGCCGCAGUAUUGCUGCGAGCAGCAGCCUGCAUUAAGCAUAGCCAACUCUGCGGCGACCCCAUGUGGAGAAAGUGGAGACUGCAGUCAAGAGUGAUUCCGGAAGACUUCCAACAUGGACGCCAACAGUGCAGGCAGUGUGCAAUAUGAUCGCUGGAAUGAGGACAACAUCAACAUGAACGUAGAGGCCUCGCAGACCACCACUAUGAGGCUCUACAAUAGAAUGUGCACCGGCAACACGGGCAUUGCAGUGAAGACAGCUGGAGCCUUGGCUAUACUGGUGUCCAUUUAUUUCAUCGGAUACGUGACAGGCUACUACGUUCACAGAUGCUGAUAUGGUAUCCUGACUUGUGUUCAAGUAACAAGAGACCAAAAAGUAUGUGUUUUUGUAAUUGCUUUCUGAGAUUGCAUUAUCGAGUUAUGUACUUUUGUAUUAUGUCACUGAAGUCCUUUCUGGUGUUGAGCAUCAACUGAGACUAUUCUGCCUUUUACUUGAUUGUUCUAUAAAUUGCUUUGAUGAUGAAGGAUAUUUGUACUUCACUGUGUUUUACACCAAAAUUGACAUCACAGGUGGUGUUUAAAUAAAGAUAUGCUUGCAUGUACGGCGGAGUGAAAAAGUGAAUGGCUCUCA